AUGGCCAAAAACGUUGACGUGGCUCACGUCGAGAGCAUCUCGCGGCGCUCGCCUGCUCCAGCUCCCCUCCAGAAAACUACACGGUUCAUGGUUGUAUUUGCCUUUUCCGUCGGGCUCUUCGGCUGGCUGGCCAAUUUUGACCAGGCAUUCGGUGGCAUCGUGCUCCUGAUGCCGGCGUUUAAGAAAUCCUUCGGCACCUGCGCCGACGUGGCAUCCGACAGUGGAACAGUCAUGGAAGAGUGCUCGCUCACAGCGCUCCAACAGUCUCUGGUACAGCUCAGUAUUCUGUUCAUGUCCGUUGGCGGCGUCGCGAGCGGCUUCACCAGCCACCGCAUCGGCCGUCGAGGGACCCUCCAACUUGCCUGUGCUAUCAUUGCCGUCAGCGCAGCGGGCAUGCUGGGCACGGCGGGUAGUUUCCUCAAUUUCAUGGUAUGCAAAUGCAUUGGCGGCAUCGGCAUUGGUAUGAUCUAUGCCGCCGCUCCAACGUGGGGGUCCGAAUCAGUCGCUUCACAGAGCCGAGGCUUCUUGAUGAGCUUUUACAACGUGGGAUUGGCCUCUGGAAAUGUUAUCAUGGCAGCUGUUUGCGCCAGCUCAUCUAAGAUCAACUCGAACUGGUCGUGGCAGGUGCCGAUUCUUUGCCAGAUUCCCGCUGCAGUCGUCCUCGCCGCCGGUAGCAUGUUGUUCCCCGAGUCUCCUCGAUGGCUUCUUCUUAAAGGACGAGAGGAGGCGGCGCGCAAGGCAUUUGCCAAGUUCAACAAGACCGAACCCAAUUCCCCUCAGAUAAAUGCGCUCGUCGAGGAAAUCAAUGGGCACAUCGAGCUGGAACUCUCCAUGCGCCGCAGUACAGAUUGGACAAACAUCUUCCGUGGAAUUAAUCUGAAAAGAACCCAUUUGGCUGUGCUUAUCCUGGUUAGCAAUGCUAUAUCGGGAAUACAAUUUGUCAUUCCUUAUACGGCAUUGUUUCUGGCCCACAUUGGGUUGAAUAACCCGUAUAUCCUCAACGUCGCCAUCAGUUCCUGCAUUCUUGUAGGCACCGUUCCUGGUCCAUUCCUGUGCGAGUAUGCUGGCCGUCGACUCGGUCUUAUUGGAGGCUACAUUGUCAUGGCUGCCUGCAUGCUCAUCUUCGCCGUCGUGGCCUCUGUCUUGGGACAAUCCGCUGUGACAGCUCAACACGUGCUGGUUGCGUUCCUCUGCAUCUGGGCCUUUACGUUCGGGGCUACUAGUGGCCCUAUUGUGUGGGUCGCUUCGGCAGAGAUGCAUUCGCUGCGAUUGAGAUCGUUUGGUCAGUCAUAUGCAGUGAUGAUGUACGAGGUGUUUAGCUUUGGCGCUGCAUUCUGGACACCAUAUAUGCUGAACACUGACUAUGGUAAUAUGGGAACAAAUGUUGGAUACUUUUACGGUGGAAUCACACUUGUUAUUGUUGCUCUAACAGUCAUGUUUGUCCCCGAGACUGCUCGUUUAAGUUUGGAACAGAUCGAUACGUAUUUUAUGGAGGGGACACCUGCUUGGAAGACUAAUAUUCGGGAGAAUAAGAAGAUUGCUAUGACUGGAGGGAUGAAUAUGACGAAUAUUAAGGGUGAAGAUAGCUAA